CGCGUGCGGGUUGUCUGCAAGCCUCGCGAACAAGAUGCAACUUUCCAUUAACCUAAAAUUGCGUAUAUAAUUUAUGAAAUUUGAUAUAAUUACGUUUACCAAAUAUGAGCAUAGUCAGUUAAUUAUUGAAAAUAUAUAUCAUUUUUAUUUGUGCAGUGAUUUUUUCAAAGACAUUUAUAAAAAUGGAUGAGGCGUUUGCACAUUUAGAGGGAAAUAGCUUAAGGAACAGUAAGAAAGCCGAGAUCCCUCCGGAUGGCGGGUGGGGAUAUGUUGUUUGUAUCGGUGUUGGAUUUACGUUCAUGCUCGGCUUUGGAUCGUCUAACGCGUUUGGUAUUUUGUUCAACAAUUUCUUCCUCGAGCAGGAUGGUGCCAGCGGUCUUCCGCUUGUAAUAGGUGUUUAUAAUGGAGCAUUAUCAAUUGCAGGAUUUCUCAGCGGAAUAGCCUUGAAGAAAUAUUCUUUUCGUCAAGUUGGUUUAGUUGGAGCUGGCCUGUUCGUUUUAGGGGAUAUUUUAACUAUAUUUGUCCAAAGAACUUACCAACUUGUGUUUACGUUUGGAGUUAUACGAGGUGCAGGCUUCGGCGUGAUGAUACCAGUCAGUUUUACAGCAUUCAAUUGCUAUUUUACGAAAAAACGCACAGCAAUGAUGAGUGCAAAUCAAACCAUGAGUAGUAUGGCGUCUAUAACCUUUCCCAUUCUUGUUACCUACCUUCUGUCAGAGUACGGGUUCAGAUGGACCUUAGCCCUAGUCAUGGCUGUCGAUUUACAUUUAAUCUUUGCCAUGAUUGUAAUGCAUCCCGUGGAAUGGCAUAUGAUCAAGUCGACUGAUUUUCCUGAAAUAGAACUAUCAGCGACUUCCGACGCUAAACGUUCUUCUAAAAUAAAAUGCAACAAAUCCGAGGCUUUUGAUGAAUCUAUUGUAAAAAUGUUACCAGGUGAAGAUAAUGUCGUCGAAACUAAAACGCCAUGUCGACACGAGUCCAUACAAAAAAGUAUAAUCAAAGUAAUAUAUGAAAACGUCGAAUUGGACUUACUGAAGGAUCCUCGUUUUGUGAGCACUCUGAUCGGACUCGGAUUCGCCUUCGUUUCUGAUGUUACAUACUUGGCUAUGGAGCCAAUGUUGCUAUUUUCAUACGGAUACUCGCAGAUGCAAGUUGCUACGUGCGUUAUGAUUGGGGCAAUAGCUGAUCUAGCGGCAAGAUUCUGUCUCGCGGUGUUUACAUAUUUUUAUAAUGUAAAUAGUAAAAAACUUUUCUUCGCUGGUACUUGUGUGACUAUGGUCCUACGAGUAGCUCUCGUAUCGUCUGAUAGUCUGACCUUUGUGAUUGCAAUCACGGCCGUUUCUGGUCUGGUCAGGUGUUCAGUACAAGUCCUGUUUCCUUUGGUCCUGGUGAGUGCGGCGCCAGACCGUUUCCCAGCUGCUUUGGCGCUGCAUAUACUAUUUUCAGGAUUCUUGAUGUUGAUGGCUGACCCGUUAAUAGGUGUAAUAUACGAAGCAACGGGCAGCUAUGUCAAUUGUUUUCUGGCUAUGAGUUUCUGUUGUUUAGUUUGUGUAGUGCUUUGGACGGUAGAAUAUUUUGUUAGCCGUAAGCAUAGCUCUUAAACUUAUAUUAAUUGUUAUAGACUAAGUCUGAAGGAUGUUCAAAUAUCGAAAUAUUUAAUUUUGAGCACAAUAGUCCAGACUAGAUCGAUAGGUUUUUUCAAUGUGAAUAUAUUGUGUUUUCCUUCUGCGAGCUAUUUAUAAUGAAAUAUCUUAUAGAUUCACCAUUGUAUUAUAUUUACGCUGUGGCCACUUUACUUCACAACUAUCGAAUAAAAAUAAUUUUUAGUUAAUAUUUAAUUUUAUUUAGAUGUUUUAAGCAUUUUUAGCCAAGUUAAUAGCAUAAAUGUUAGCAUAAUCUUGUAUUUUUGUUGUUAAUAGAAUUUAUUAUUUACUUAAAAUAGAUCAAAGCUUUAAUGAUAAAUAUACAACUUAAGUUAUCCAGUUGUAACUUAACUUUGUUUUCUUAUGUUAAGGGACAAUAACUAAAUAAGUAAAAUUUACUUACUUACUAUUUCUCAAAUAAUCUUUCGUUUUAUAUACUAAUGUGCAAAUACAAAAAUAUAUAUAAUUUUAUUUA